AGAAACCCAAAAACAUUGAAUGACCCAUUCGAAUUCUUGCUUUGCCUUUGCACCAGUCUCUGCUGGUACGGGUACUUUGUGGCUUUGGCGAGAGCGAAAAAUCUUCCUUGGACAGAGCUCACAAUCCUGACCAAUACCACUUCCGCAUCGGUACUUCUACAGGUUACAAUAGUAUACUAGCUAGCUACCACGCACAACGAGACCCACAAGCACACAAGCAUACCAGCCAACAGUAACAUGGAGCUUUCACGGUUUCUUGCUCUCGCAUUGCCUGCCCUGAACAAUUGUUCUUUGGUUGUCGACAAUGCUGCUACACACUUCUCACCGGAAAACGCAUUGGCAAGGUCCCCGCCCCCCACUAUGAGGAAGUCAAAGCUCUGUCGAUGGGACAGCUCUUUGUCGAAAAGAGAGUGCUUGGCGCCACUCCUGGACUCACCAAAGCGAUCAAGCGAUGAAACCCCCGAGGAGGCCACAUUUGAAAUGGAGUCAUCCAAGCUGAUCUUUCUCGACUCUCCCGUGCAAUCUUACGAUGAGCCAGAAAACGAGAGGAACUAUGGUGGUUCCUCUUACUAUCGCUCCCAAGGAGGAGGGAAGCUGCAAAACCAAGGAGCAACCACCAAAAACGACGCACAUCUCUCCCGACGUCGGUUUAGCUUUGACUGUGACAUGUCCUGGGCGGAGAAACUGCAGCCCUCCCCUACGACUUCGUUGGAUGCUUGCGAGCCCCCUCGAAUGCCACUACGCACCACAGGGGAUUUUUUCCCAGAAGCAGACGAGCGGGAGCAAUGAUGAGCCGUCGGACAAUUGGACGGCAACGUUUUAGACCCGACUUCGCUACCAGUACUUGAAACAUAAUGUACAUAGACUAGUCACCAAUGAUCAU